GAGGCAUUCACCUACCACAGGAUAUGUUCUAGAGAUGGACGUUGGCAAUCGUCUACCCCAUCGUUGAUAUCUACCUUUGGCCAACUGCGUCAAAGCUAUGACCUGAUUCGAAAAGUCCAAACACGCACACGACAGAGAACGGCCUCCUUUGGCAAGAUGGCCGCGACGGUGUUCACCCAGGCUGAGCUUAUCAGCUCGCUCUCUCAAGAUGAUAUUCCCAUCAAACUGCGUUGCGCAAUAUGCAGCAAACUGGCAAUGAAUGCAUUUCGCCUGCCAUGUUGCGAGCAAGCAAUCUGCGAGGAUUGCCAAUCCUCCCUCCCAUCGUCUUGCCCGGUCUGCGAACAUACGCCAGUAGCUGCAGAGGACUGCAAACCUCACAAAUCACUCCGAACUACAAUUAAGGUGUUCUUAAGGACGGAAGAAAAGAAGAGAGUCGCGCUGCAAGCAAAAGCAAUCAAGGAUACACCUCCAAUCACACCAGUCGAAGAUGCUCCAGCUCCAGUCACAGCGCCCGAGGAGCCAAUUUCAGAGGCUCCGGCUGAAGAUACGGCCGAGGAAUCACUACCUAUAACGGACCAGGCGCCGGUGUCUGAACAAGACGGGACUGCUGAUGGAACACCUGUUACGAAUGGCGAAGCUGUGAAUGAAGACCAGAAAGAUAUCCUACAACAAUCAAUUGAGGAAAUCGCGCCCGGCCAAGAACAUACAGGAGAAGAUACAACUGCUGGAGAGGUCGCGACCGACGCGAACGAGGCCACGCACGAAGGGGAAAAGGACGCCAAUGGUGACGCUGCAGGGGCGGGGAUGCCUGGCAUGACAGGUGGAUUUAACGCGGCGAUGGGCGGUUUCCCAAACAUGACCGGCGACAUGAACCAAAUGCAGAUGCAAAUGGCGAUGGCUAUGCAGAAUGGAAUGGGAGCCAAUGCGUUUGGCGGAUUUCCAAUGAUGGGAAUGCCUGGAAUGUCGAUGGAUCCAAUGGCGAUGCAGAACAUGUUUAUGAAUGGAGGAUUCGGGGGUAUGGGUAUGAACGGCAUGAAUAUGGGAAUGGGAGGCAUGGGAGGAUUCGAAGGCGUGGCAGGACAAGGCUUUGGAGGUGGUGGUGGAUGGGGCGGACAACAGUGGAAUAUGGGACAAAAUAAUUUCAAUCCAAAUGCUGCGCUUUCUGCGGGAAUGGGCCACAAUGACUAUGGCGCCCCUCAUAAGCCUGGAUACCCCUUCCAACAACACCAUGGUGCCGGUGCUGGCUAUAGCCAAGGUGGCUACGGCCGCAACCAGUACAAUGAGUAUGGCCACCACGGCGGCGGCGGCUUUGCUGGCCGUGGGAGAGGCAGAGGGCGUGGUGGCUACGGCCGCGGGGGCGGGUACGGACAUGGUGAGUACGCACAACACGGCAACUACCAAAAUAGCGUUGCGGGCCACGUGAGUGAAUCCGCUGCGCCCCAAGGACCCAAGGAGCAACAGAGUACUGAGCCCGCAUCUAAUGUUGACGAGUUUGGCCGUGAAAUCCGUACGCCGUCCGCCCUGGCAGAAACUGAAGUAACUGCCACAGACAAUGCGGAGACAAACGGCAUGACUGCCGAAGGCGACGCACAGGUUGCCACUAACCCCCUAACCACCCCCUCUGACGUCCUGGACACUGGCCCAAAGCCGAUCCAGACUCUGGAAGAGAUCGAGCAGGCGCAGUUUAUGAGCCAUGGCCAUGGAGGCGCGUAUGUAGCCCGAAGUAGCGCGUACGCGACUCAAGCGCCGCCGCCGUUGGCGGAUGUGCCGAUUAAUGCGCCCACAGGGCCGAAGGCCAUGCGCGAGGGGCUGCCGAACACGAGUAUCCUGCACCUGCGUGGGAGAGCGCCGUUUGGUGAGUCGAGGCGGGAGAGCGGAUCUUCUGCGGUGCCGGAGACGGAGAUGGAUGGCCGUGUGGAGUGGGAUGGUGAGGGAGCCGAGGGAGGAGAGGGAGUCCAGCCGCGUAACGCUUCGAAGUCAAGGUCCCGCUCGAGGUCGCCGAAACGUGAGAGGAGAGAACGACACCGUCGUCGGAGAGACGAGUCUACUUCUGAUGGCAGCAGAGAGCGGAGGCGAGAGAGGCGGCGUAGAGAGAGACGGCGCGAAGAGGGCGAGGGUGCUGGGGACGCCGGAGAGGAUGUCCUUGAAGACGAAGCGGAGGCAGAGGCCAGGCGCGAGCGCAGGGAGAGACGGAGGCGAGAGAGGGAUAGCGACCGUGACGGCGGGCGUGACCGAGACCGCGAUCGGGACUACAAUAGGGAGCGUGGCGAUCGGGAUAGAGAGAGGGAGAGGAAUCGAGAUGGGGGACGCGAGAAGGGUAGAGACCGUGAGCGAGACCGCGAGAGGGAUAGAGACCACAACCGCGACCGUGACCACGGCCACAAAUCCUCAUCACACAAGCACCGCUCGCGUUCACGCUCUCGCCGCCGCCGCCAACAUUCGCCCCCGGCGCAGAACGGGGAUGCCGCUGGGGAAGAUGGGUUUCGUCCACCGAUGGGGCCUCGCGCAAUGUCUGGGAAAGAGAACCACGUCGCUCCUGCUGCGAAGGAUCCGCAUACAGCUGAGAGGGAGGCGAGGGAUCGGGAGAGGCUUGUUCGGGAGGCACAGCGGAUGGCUGGGCUGGGAGGUGGUGGUGGAAGGAAGAGGGGUGUUGGAUCUGGGUCUGGUGGUGGGGAGGAGGGGGGGAGGAGGAAGAGGGGAAGGGGGGAGUGA